AUGGAGUCCAAACCUUUAGUCUCAAAGAGUUAUAAUUUAAAGGAUUGCCUAAUAGAUGGUUCUGUUAUAAAUAGUGUACCAAUAGAGCUGGACUCAACAGAAAAAAUAGAUGUAGAAACAGUUGCUUAUCUUUGA